CAUAGCACGCGCUUCUUCCCCAUCAGUCACGACGGCGACCGCAGCGGCAACUGCAUGCCCGGAAUGUGCAUUGAUCAUUCGGUCACCCUGCCAGGCAUGGCCAACUUUUAUUUGUACUUGCACGCAGCCUUGCGCGGGACGUCGCGCCCGACGCACCACUAUGUUUUGCAUGAUGACGCCCUGUUUUCCCAGGACCACCUGCAGCAGCCCACCUAUCACCUCUGCUAUACCUACACCCUGUGCACUCGCUCGGCAUUGCUGGCUCCACCCGGCUUACUAUGCACAUCAUGUAGCUGA